AUGAUGGAUGGCGCAUCUUGCACGCAGACAACGCCACUAUCUUCUUUAUGUGUUGUGGCUGGAACGUCGUGUUGCCUGGACCAGUCGUUGGAUCCCUCAGCAGGACGAGGCUUCUUCACGCACACGUUGGUCUGCUUGAAGGUUGCCGAGGCAAUGUUCAAAGCCCUGGAGCGCGAUACCGUGAUCAUGCCAACCUUCGCAGAUGAGAUUAAUGCAUGUGCAGCAGAUGCCGUUCGAGCUAUGCAAAGGGUCCAGUUCCAGGAGCUUGACCCGAAGCCUUUGCCAUCUUCCGUCGCAGAUCUGGCCGGAUGUUUCGACGUUGGGGCCUUGCAGUUCAUCGACCCGAUCCGGGGCACUGCGCCCAGCGUUCGUCAGAUGCUCCUCGACUUAAUUUCGCUGCCCGCGGAAAACGUUGCUGCGAUCAUCACCAGAUCCCAAGAAUCCAUCCUGGUGGUUCUCACUGGGGGUCGACCCUGCGUUGGCUACUUGUUUGAUGCUCUCCCAUGCAGUUUCCAAAUGGAUGGAAGUUAUGUGGCACGCUUUGAGAAUUUGAAUCAGUUGGCUGCUCACAUGGAGGAUUUAUUUGCGGGUUCUGGGACGCAGGGGGACCUCUUGGAAGCUCAUCCAUUUAUGUGGCCAGCAGGUUGCGCCAACGCCGCGGCGCGGCGACAGGUCUCUUUAGAGUCUUCGCUUUUGUGCCCGAUCACAAGGGACUAUAUGGCGGACCCGGUGCUGGCGGGUGAUGGCUACACAUACGAACGGUCAAGCAUUGAGCAACAUUGGCGAAAUCAAUUACAAGGAGACCAGCCCCAGCUGGACGAAACGAGUUGCGGAGUCCGAUCGCAGGCACGUCGGCGCACGAGUCCUAUGACAGGAGAAGAGGUGGAUGGCGUCCUCGUAAGCAACCGAGCUGUUUUGGACAUGAUCCGCACCACUGUAGAGACAGAGGGCACUCCUCCCGAAGUGCGACAAGACUGGGAACAGAGGCGAGAAGCUGCAGAGACUUCUCAUCGCCAGACCAACUGUGAGGUGCUUGCGCGUCCGCAGUUGCAGAUUCAGAUCAUGCAGGCGACGGCCCCUCCCGGGUACCGACGUUCUGCUGACCAUGUGCGGUUUGUGUCGAAUGCAGAUAGGCCCCGAUGGGGUAUGGAAGCCAGGAUUCAGCUUGCGCGAACAGGCUUGGCCUGUGAUUUAUCAGAUAAUUGCCUGUGGGCACCAAAUUUCAUGUUUACAAAAUGUAUGGUGCCUGGCUGUUCUGAACUUUUCGGUUUUGGACGACGCCGUCAUCAUUGCCGUCGUUGCGGCCGAUUGGUUUGCAGUGGCUGCGCCCCCCAUGCAGCCUUUGACUUUGAACGACUGGGCUUGGAGGUCAACACAGUUGUGACGGGUAGUGGCGCUCGGGUUUGUGGUGAAUGUGUAGAAGACAUGCUGGACAGGCUGGAACAGAGAGAGCUGACCUCCUCUGAGUUGCAGCACGCAGUAGUUUUGGAUGCGCGUUUGGAGCAGUGGACCAGUCGACAAUGUGUGCGUCACAGGCAGCUGGUACGAGCUGAGCUUACACAGCAUUUCGAGUCAGAAUUGAUCUCAGCGGCGCCACGAACUGAGCAAAACAAUUCAUCUGUCGAUGCUGAACAAGCGCGCCAGCUCAGCCACAGGCUGCAAGGCUUAUACCAAGUAAAUGCGGCCCGCUUGAGCGAGGAGGAGGCGAUUCAGCACGUACAAGAGUUGUCACGCGUGGAAGCAGACUUGCGUGAGUUUGAAUCACAUUUGACGGGUCAGCUAGCGACACCUGCAAGUGAAACAGAGGAUCAGAGCUUGUUUCACAGUGGCAAUUGGCCGACCAGCCUUUUUCCUGAGCCUGAGCUGCUUUUCCAGCGUUCUGAUUGGCCGCUGCCACUUGGACUCGCUCCGUGGCCCACAAGCAGAAUGCGACGGCGCGAGCAAAUUCUGUUGCGUGAAAGACGGCGAGAAGCAUUGCUUGUGCAAGAAGAGUUUGAACUGCGAAGAGCUUCAAUGAAUCGGGCACGGGAGGCCCAGCAGCAGCGUGAGCUGGAGCGUCAGCGGAUCCGUCUACAAGAAGAGGAGCAACGCCGUCAGGCAGAAAUCCAGGCGGAAGAGCGUCGUCGACGAGCACAAGAACUGGACGAGCUUGCCCGCAGAGCAGUGGCCCAGAUGGUGGGACAUGGAACUGCUCGAAUGUGUCGCCGAUGCAGGUCAGGACCUGUCAUGAACGAGAAUUGCAGCAACCUGGCAACACACAAUCGUGACACUGUGAAUCGGCGGAAUGCAAACCACUGCCCCCGGUGUGGUUGGUUUGAUAGGAACUGGCAAAAUUGGCCAGAGUGGGAUGGCAUCGAUGGCCCACAUUGA